UCACGAUCUCCUCGAUUUCCGCGUUUUCGUCUUCGUACAAAGCGCGCAGAUGCAGGCAGGCGCGAACCACCCCUGCACGCCAGUGGAACAAGUCGCGCCCCGAGCAGACAGGGCGAGCGUCAUGGCGGCGAAGCCAGGAUAUCGAUCGUGGACCAGUGGGAUGCUGGCCGCCCAACGCUUCGCCGAUCGCGCGCCACCAUUCAGCACGCUAAGUGUUUUGUUAUCCUGCCUCCUCGGCCUUUUUUACACCGCUUACCUAUCUAAAACCACCGCCAAGGUGCAUGUGCCAAAGGGUGGGUGCCUACCGCAGAGAGUGCUCGCGAGUGUCCUACCUUUGCGCGCAUUUGUAAACAGCGCCGAAAAUGCGGACAACGGUGCUCACAGUUUUGCUCAAUGUCUUCGGUAUCGCUUACGGAAACAGAAUUUUUUUCGAAGCGAAUCCUGAUACGAAGAGACUCUACGACGAUUUACUGUCCAAUUAUAAUAGGUUGAUACGUCCUGUUAUUAAUAAUACAGAGACUCUAACAGUUUGGCUGGGAUUAAAGCUGUCACAAUUAAUAGAAAUGAAUCUAAAGAACCAAGUGAUGACGACCAACGUCUGGGUAGAGCAGGUCGGUUACGUACUAGCUUGUUUCACUUUCGCAGUGGUAACCGAGCGUUGUAGUCAGACAUUCAGCACACUGAUAUCUGUUCGUUUCUUGCAGAAAUGGUUUGACUAUAAAUUACAGUGGGAUCCACAGGAGUACGGUGGUAUAGAUAUGUUAUACGUGCCUUCUGAGAACAUAUGGCUUCCGGAUAUCGUUCUAUACAACAAUGCAGACGGAAAUUAUGAGGUAACGUUAAUGACGAAGGCCACUUUGAAAUCCACUGGUGAAGUAUCCUGGAGACCGCCCGCCAUUUAUAAGUCGUCCUGCGAGAUCAAUGUGGAAUAUUUUCCGUUCGAUGAGCAAUCGUGUAUUAUGAAAUUCGGCUCGUGGACUUACAAUGGCGCUCAGGUAGAUUUGAAGCACAUGAAGCAGGAGCCUGGUAGCAAUAUUGUUACGAUCGGCAUAGAUCUUACCGAUUUUUAUCUAUCUGUAGAAUGGGAUAUCCUGGAAGUACCAGCAGCGCGCAACGAAGAAUAUUAUCCAUGCUGUGAGGAACCUUAUUCGGAUAUUACAUUCAAUAUUACGAUGAGAAGAAAAACUCUAUUUUAUACUGUUAAUCUUAUCAUCCCCUGCGUUGGCAUCACGUUUUUGACAGUGCUGGUUUUUUAUCUACCCAGUGACUCCGGUGAAAAAGUAUCAUUGUGCUCUUCCAUUCUUCUCUCGUUGACGGUGUUCUUCUUGCUCUUAGCCGAGAUCAUUCCGCCAACGUCAUUAGCUAUACCUUUGCUUGGAAAAUAUCUAUUGUUCACCAUGAUUUUGGUUACUCUGUCCAUUUGGAUCACCGUCUGCGUCUUAAACGUACAUUUCCGAAAUCCUGCCACGCAUAAUAUGUCGCCAUGGGUAAAGCAAGUGUUUCUAAAUUGGAUGCCGAGAGUGUUAAUGAUGCGUCGCACGCCGUAUUCUACGCCAGAAUACGAUGACGCUUAUAUGGAUAAUGCAUAUACUAAUGAAAUAGAUUACAGUGUAAGUGACUAUCCUUUGGAACUGAAAGGAAGCCCAGACGCGUUCGAAAGCGUGACGUCGACAUAUAAAAGUAUUAGAGAUGACGAGGCCCGACACGUACCGCAUGCGUCAGUUACUGACAGCGAAAAUACGAUGCCAAAACAUUUAUCCCCAGAUGUCAUAUCAGCUCUCAAAGGUGUGCGUUUCAUUGCUCAACACAUAAAAGAUAAUGAUAAAAAUAAUGAGGUCAUAGAAGAUUGGAAAUUCGUAGCUAUGGUCUUGGACAGAUUCUUUCUUUGGAUAUUUACAAUCGCGUGUAUCGGUGGCACGCUAGGCAUAAUAGGUCAAGCACCUAGUCUGUACGACACGCGAAUACCUGUGGACCAACGACUGUCUGGUAUAUCAUUGCGCAAUUAUAUGUUGCCGCCACCGCCGAACGGAACUUUCGAAGAACGAACUUUCGACGAAUAACUACCAUGGCACAUAUAAAGUAAUUCGCGUGUAAAGAGCAAAUGGCAAGUUAUGCUGUUCGUAUUCCAUUAAAUACCUCCCCUCUACAUUU